CCGAGUCAUCUCGUGAUUGGAAAAAAGCAAAAAAACAUAACAUUUGCCUGGACUUUCAAACUCCUCCCCGGAAGGACUUGGAUCGAGAGCGUGGAAGAUGUGGCUUUCGGGUUCUGGAAAGCGCCCGGGUAUCUGAAGACAAAACUCAUGGUUAUCGGCAAAUAUGGGAAAGUAUUGACUCGGCAAAACUACGGGAACAAAGUAAGCUGCACAUUCAACAUGUCUGUUCUGCGGGUCGCAUUCACGGUUCAUAAUCUAAGCACAGGAGAUGAGAAUGAUUAUGGUCUUCACACUGAACUUGGCUUGGCACGGAAUCCGUUAAAAGAUGUUGUUGCACUUCGCUUGGAGGGUAAUUGUAAUAUUAAAUAUAGUUUAAAACUCAAAAGAAGUAUUGUUUCAGCACGCGGUUAGAAAUUUCCUUUUUUCUUUUGUGAGGAGGGCAGGGAGGAAGAUGUUUUUAAGUACCACUUUUAAGUGCAGGAAUUUUUUACUUGUACAGAGCAAAGUUUUCGACAAAAAUCAUUGAUGCGAGUCUUGCCAUAUUUUGCAAAGCUCCAUUGAUAUCUAGAUUCUAAAAAAAGUGCUCUUCAGCAAUCAAUUUAGGCUUAUUCAAAAAUCAAACAAAAAUGUAACGUCUGUGGUAUACAGACUUAAAGCUUUGAUAAUGGUUAUCGCACAUUUCUUAUCGGUAGAUCCACCAAAAAUUGCCAGGUCCUUGAAAACAAAUAUUUCCCUGAGGGCUGGAGACAGACUGGAAUUGAACUGCAGGGCGACUGGACUUCCUACUCCGCAGGUCACGUGGAUACGAUCUGGAAGAGGUUUUAAUAAUCAUACCCUUGUUGUAAACCGAGUGAACAAAAAAGACAGUGGACUGUACCUAUGCAAAGCUAACAGCCCGGCUGGGGAGGAUAGUAUGAAGAUUUUUGUUAGAGUUAAGGAUGGAGACAAGCCACCAACGCAAGCAAUAGGUGAGGAGAAUCUAUAG